AUGCCUGACGCCAACAUUAUUUCCAUUGAAUGUCGUGAUUCUCCAAUCGAGAAGGUUGUUGUAUUCAACGACAGGGCCGAAGUAAAACGUCUCAUUAAAACAACCCUCAACCAGGGAACAAAUGAAGUUCAUAUUAACAAUGUUUCUUUGCGCACUGUUCAUGAUUCCGUCCGGGUCGAUGGAAGAGGUGAUGCUACGAUUCAAGAUGUUACCACUCAAGAUCUUUAUGGAAUCCCCGAUGAACUCCAAACUCCCGAGUUGAAAGAACUUCGUGAAGCUGUAAAAACCGAGGAGAGGAACGUUAAUACCAUCAAAAACCAAAUCCAUACUCUUACCAAGAAGAGCGAAAUGUUCGAAAAGCUAACCGAGCAGAUUGGAAAGGAUGCUUUGCCAAAGGAUAUGAGCAUCGCUAUUGAUGAAAAUGUGCUCGGCAAUGUGACUGCAAUGCUUGAUUACUACACUACCAAUACAUUGGCUAUUACCACUGACAAACGAAGCUGGGAAGAGAGCUUAAGAGAAGCCAAUGAGAAAUUCGAGAAAGCACAGAGGGAAUAUGAAGCUAAGAAGCAUUCCACUGAUUCUGGAAUGUCCAAGAAAUUCAUCGUUACCCUGGAUAGUGCUACUGGUGGUGCAGUUGAACUUGAUCUUGUUUAUCAAGUCUACAAUGCCAGCUGGCGUCCAAGUUAUGAUUUAAGAGUUGAAGCUGGUGCAGAAAAUAAGAUGAAGAUCACUUACUACGGAAAAAUCUCCCAGACGACUGGAGAAUCAUGGAACGAUACCCAAAUUAUUCUUUCAACAGCUAUCCCAUGUUUGGGUGGCCAAAUUCCAGAACUUGGAACAUUGGAGGCUGUUUUGGCUUCAACUGUAGCACCACCACCGGUCGGCCGAUUCUCCAACUUUGGAGGUGCCCGGACAAUGAUGAAGUCAUGUGCUGUUCCAGCUUCUAUUCAAGCUGAAUGUUUAGCUUUAGAUGCUGCUCCCAUCCAAUAUGAUCUUGCGGAAGCAACUGAGCAGGCUCUCAGCACUGAGUUCACCAUUGUAAGAAAGACGACUGUCCCAAGUGGAAAUGACGAACAGAGAGUCACUAUCGGAAUUGUAGACACCAAUCCUCAGCUUAUCCAUGAAAGCGUCCCAUCCAAGAAUUCUUCCGUGUUCCUAACAGCUUCAGCUAUCAAUGACUCCAAAUUCGUUUUCCUUGCUGGCGAAGCCUCAGUUUAUUUGAACAACUCUUUCGUCGCUAAGACACAUUUGAAAAACGUCUCUGCAAACGAACGUUUUUCUGUCUCCUUGGGAGUCGACGCAGCCAUCAAGGUUGAGUACAGACCAGCUAAGAAAUACCACGAGCAAAUUGGAAUUAUCAACAAAUCCUCAGCUAACGCCACUGAACAAGUCAUUAAUGUCAAGAAUACACGUAAAGACCCUAUCCUUCUCACUAUCAAAGAAAACUUGCCAAGAUCUACUGACGAGAAAAUCAAGAUUAAACUUGUAUCCCCAACUGUUACUGCUCAUGAGGAACAAUUGACUUCCACCAACAGCAUUCCUGUUGCUCCUCAUGAGGGAUGCCUAUUGAACUCGAAGAAUAACCUCGAAUGGACUGUGGCUCUCGCUGGAGGACAGAUUCAAGAUCUCCUCAUUAAGUGGACCAUGGAUCAUCCUAAGGAAGAAAAAAUUGUCUUCAGAGAGAAAUACUAA